GGGUCUCACGUGCCUCAGCAUCUCCCCCCGGGCUUGUCAAUCCCCGUGUGUCGGGCCCACCACCACCACCAUGGGAGUUUGCAGGUUGCAAGGUCUGGGGUAGACCCCAGUGUCUGCAUUUCCCACAAGCUCCCAGGCGACGCACCUGCUUCCGGUUAGGGGGCCACCUGGGACCCUCGAGGUACCUACGGAAACUUAGCACCCUAGAUUCCAAAGCGGGAGCUUCCACUUGAGUCAAUUACUCUGAGCCUCGGCGUCUGUGUCAACGAGACAACACCCGCGCCAAAGGCUGUCGUGAAGAUUAAAUGAGGUGACUUACAAGAUUAAAAUUAUUUGGUUGCUGAUGGUUCUGAACAAAUACAAUUCUUUUAUUUGAGGUAUGCCAUUUUGAAGACUGAGACAUUGGAGUUUUGUCCUUGAGGAUAAAGGAAAUCUUUAGGAAAGUCUGUAUUGUAUAUAGCAAAACUGUGAAUUCCCAAACUGAAUCCUUUAAAGGACGUGUACAACGUAGUAGACACUGGUGGAAGGAUUUAUACCCAGUCAGCUUGAAGAGUCUCAAAUGGACCCUACCACUGAAAAUCAAGAUGGCAGUCCACUAUGGGGAAUUGAGGAAAAUGGAUUAAUACAAGAGUCCUGUGAUAAUAUACAACCCAAGACAGGGUUCUUUUAACAUGGAUUCCAUGAAUUGAAUGAAGACAUAGGUUUCUUACCCAACACAAAUGGACAGUGGAUCUGACUUUCUAAAGACUUUUUUGUAUCAUUAAAACAAGUACAUUUUUGACAUUUGGAGAAGAAAGAUGGCACAUUAACACAGAUAAUAGUUUGUAUGCCUGGAAUUUUUUGCAGUUUGAUUUGUAUGAGUAUGACCUCGUGGAAUGUUAACUUUAAUAAAAUUUAUAACACUUUAAAAUUUCUCAGUUUGGGCUUUUUUUUUAAGCAGAAGGAAGUUUCAUUAAAUGUUCAGUUAUUGCUUUAAUAACACUAUGACCUUUACAGUUGCCCAGCGGUAAAGUGUACUGAAUAAAGCUGGUAAAAUGGAAAUGGUGUGCUGAAAGAUGUUUUUCUUGGUUGAUUAAGAUUUAUCUUUUUCUCCACAAAGUUGUGGAAAUUUUUUGUGCUUUGAGAUGGUCAUUUGGUUGAAAUGUUAUUUUGUUUGUGCUUUCUUGAAACACCUUGCAAAACUCCUUAAUCAACAGAUAACGUGAUAAUAGAAUCUUUAAUCUGUGAUGAGAUUUUAAAGAACUUUUAGAACAAAAUGCUUGUUGUCCCCAAAUUCAGGAUGAGCGAUACAGUAUUUUUCUCUGAAUCAUUUUGUUGAUGGAAAUGGUCCCUUUUACUUACGCUUUUUAAUAUUAUAAAUAAAACAUCUUGCAGUAGACAUUUCAUCUCAAUAUGUAAAUAAACAUGUCUCCUAUUGUCUUAAUAUUAUGGGAAGAAGUGUUGGAUUUAUAGGGAAGUGUCCUUGGGGGGUAUUCACAAAAGGACUUAAAAUUUUGUUGGCAAUAAUGUGUAUAACACAUUUUAUGUACGUUUGGAAUAGAAUUACUAUCUUAUAUUUUCCUUAUUCUAUACAAUUGGGAAUUUAGAAUAAAUGAAUUGUUCCAUGCCAUAGAUUGUUAUGUUUACAGGUUUUUGUUUAUUUGUAAUCAACUAAUACCAAUUUCAGUAACUAUUACAAAGGUUGGUAGGCUUUAUUUUGAUAGACCAAAUGAACUGUUGAUUAUAUGUUCCCACUAUACAGAGAACUAGGACUAGUUUAGGUUAAAUUUUUUUUUUGUUAGAAAUAGUUAUUCAUACUGUGCCCGUGAUUAAUGUGAAAUACCUACACCAUAGGCAUCCAUGAACAAUACAUGCACAGUAUUCUCAUUGACUGAUUUGAGGUGGUUGGUCUUUGUAUAAAUUCAUAAGUGGAAUUUUGGAUUUUGGUACAAAAGUUAUCUUUAGAAAGUAUGGAAUUGAAAGUUUUGAUUAUGGAUUUUAUAUUUACCUGUAUUGGACCUUGUUGCUUUGUUGGGUGUGGAUCUAAAAUGGAUUUCCUCACUGAGGGAAGGAUAUGGUUCUGGCAGAUUAUGUUGAGUAAGGAAAGUUGAUUGGAUUUUUGGGGGCAUGUGAAUGUUUCUUGUUUGCAUGGGAUGCUUGGUGAGAAUAUUGAAUAAUUGUUUUUGGAGUUAGUAAUAAUUUUGUUUCUAUAGGUCUCAUGGCUUUGAUAUUUAGGAGAAUUUGCCCUGUGACUUUACUUUGAUAAUUUGCAUCAGAUAUGACCUGUUAUCAUUGUUGGAAUGGGUGUAUACUUAGGAUUUGAUUUGAAAUAUAAGAGAAGUGUUGGGAUAUAUGGUUGUUUACUGUUGGUUUUGGAGGUGGAGUUUCUUGGGUUUUUGAUUUAAAGUUGACUAGUUGGUCCAUACUUUUUAAUUUGAAGAACUUUGUUUUGCCUGGGAAGAACUUUGUUUUACUUUGUGGGAAGUAAAUAUAUUGUGGCUAUGAGAAGUUUUUUGAGGGUAAAAUGUUGAAGAUUAUAUAAUGGGUUAAAGAAUUUUGUGGAAGUACAAAGAAAAUUUGAAAUUCUUGAAUAAAAAUUGGUUGCAUUAACUUUUGCUCUAAUGCAAGUGAACACUAGGGAGGCGCUCUUGAGUUGUAAAAUUUACCCCUUCCAGUUGGGAUGAGAGAUGCCCCCUUAAACUUUAGAUUUAGGUGAUUUUUAGGCAUUAUAAAGAAGGCAAAACUUGGAUUUAAUUUAUGAAAUUGAGGUUUUGCUUUUAUUUAGAAAUCAUUUUACCCAUGAGGGGGUUAAUUUUUAAAAAGAUUAGUACUUAAGCUGAGCUUUAGAUUCACUAAGAAUUAUCCCUUUUUCAAAAUGGCUUGAUAAAACACCACUUCCUGUCCAGGGAGGAAGUUAUUUUAGCUCAAGGACUGAAAUAUUUAGCAGAUCUUUAGACAAAAGGAACAAAUUACAUUUCUCUCUGGCUUAAAAAGGGUGUUUGAGCCAGAGGGGGUUAAGAAGCCCUCCCCCUCCCCCUGUUGGGGUGGUCUGGAGGGGCAGGGAGGUGUGGGGGUGGGGGUCCUAAGGCUCCCUGGGAUGGAGGAUUUUUUUUUUUUUUUUUUUUUGGUGGAGAUGAAGGGGUGGGUCUAUGGUACAUCACCUGAGUUGUGGGGUAAAUGUAGAGAGUGUCAAUCAAAGGCAGAGCUCUCAGAGCUGGGAAGGAGGCUCUAGAUGGCGGCUGUGCCUUAGAGCGCGCUCUGCUCCCUGCCUUUGCCUCACUUUACGCAACUUUCCCUAACUUUUGGGUAGCCUCAGGGGGCCCCCGCAGCCCCCUGCCUCUCCUAGUGACUUACUGGGGUCGAUUUGAACCCUUUUUAGGGAGAAAAGCAGCUUUUAGGAGCUUUUUUUUCGUGCCUUGUUGGAAAGAAGCAGCCGUACUGAGAGCCCAGGUCGUUGUUUUUUCCAGCUUAGAAGCCAUGGCGCACCUCCAUUUUUGUGCGCUCUCCUAAUGAGGUUUUUUUUCUUUCGGACCCGUUUUGGUAUUAAUUAUUGCUUUAUUUUUUGACCAGUUAACAUAUUUGAGGAUUAUUUUAUUUAUUUUUCAUUUUUUAACGGAGGAUUUUGCCUUUAUUUUUAAUUAUUUGGGAUCUGAUAUUUUUCUACUACUAGAUAGGACUCUUGCUUUGGACAUACUACAUGGAUCAGUAAAUACCUGGGCACAGGACUUCAAAGCAAACACAGAUUCCCCCUCCCCCUUAAUAUUUAAGAAUUAAAAGAUGAUGAGAAAUAAGGACAAAAGCCAAGAGGAGGACAGUUCGCUACACAGCAAUGCAUCGAGUCAUUCAGCCUCUGAAGAAGCUUCAGGUUCAGACUCAGGCAGUCAAUCGGAAAGUGAGCAGGGCAGUGAUCCAGGAAGUGGACAUGGCAGCGAGUCGAAUAGCAGUUCUGAAUCUUCUGAGAGUCAGUCGGAAUCUGAGAGUGAAUCAGCAGGUUCCAAAUCCCAGCCAGUUCUUCCAGAAGCCAAAGAGAAACCAGCCUCUAAGAAGGAACGGAUAGCUGAUGUGAAGAAGAUGUGGGAAGAAUAUCCUGAUGUUUAUGGGGUCAGGCGGUCAAACCGAAGCAGACAAGAACCCUCACGAUUUAAUAUUAAGGAAGAGGCAAGUAGCGGGUCUGACAGUGGGAGCCCAAAAAGAAGAGGCCAGAGGCAGCUGAAAAAACAAGAAAAAUGGAAACGGGAGCCCUCAGAAGACGAACAUGAACAAGGCACCAGUGCAGAGAGUGAGCCAGAGCAAAAGAAAGUGAAAGCCAGAAGACCUGCCCCCAGAAGAACAGUGCCCAAACCCCGUGUUAAAAAGCAACCUAAGACUCAGCGUGGAAAGAGAAAAAAGCAGGAUUCUUCUGAUGAUGAUGAUGAAGAUGAUGAAGCUCCCAAAAGGCAGACUCGUCGAAGAGCAGCUAAAAAUGUUAGUUAUAAAGAAGAUGAUGACUUUGAGACUGACUCAGAUGAUCUUAUUGAAAUGACUGGUGAAGGAGUUGAUGAACAACAGGAUAAUAGUGAAACUAUUGAAAAGGUCUUAGAUUCAAGACUGGGAAAGAAAGGAGCCACUGGAGCUUCUACUACUGUAUAUGCAGUUGAAGCUAAUGGAGACCCUAGUGGUGACUUUGACGCUGAAAAGGAUGAAGGUGAAAUCCAAUACCUCAUCAAGUGGAAGGGUUGGUCUUAUAUUCACAGCACUUGGGAGAGUGAAGAAUCCUUACAGCAACAGAAAGUAAAAGGCCUGAAAAAAUUAGAGAAUUUCAAGAAGAAAGAGGAUGAAAUCAAGCAAUGGUUAGGGAAAGUUUCUCCUGAAGAUGUGGAAUAUUUCAACUGCCAACAGGAGCUGGCCUCAGAGUUGAUUAAACAGUAUCAGAUAGUAGAAAGAGUAAUAGCUGUGAAGACAAGUAAAUCUACAUUGGGUCAAACAGAUUUUCCAGCUCAUAGUCGGAAGCCGGCACCUUCAAAUGAACCUGAAUAUCUUUGCAAAUGGAUGGGACUGCCCUAUUCAGAGUGUAGCUGGGAAGAUGAAGCCCUGAUUGGAAAGAAAUUUCAGAACUGCAUCGAUAGCUUCCACAGUAGGAACAACUCAAAAACCAUCCCUACAAGAGAAUGCAAGGCCCUGAAACAGAGACCACGAUUUGUAGCUUUAAAGAAACAGCCAGCAUAUUUAGGAGGGGAGAAUCUGGAGCUCCGAGAUUAUCAGCUAGAAGGGCUCAACUGGCUUGCUCAUUCCUGGUGCAAAAGUAACAGUGUAAUCCUUGCUGAUGAAAUGGGCCUUGGAAAGACCAUCCAGACCAUAUCAUUCCUCUCCUACCUGUUCCACCAACACCAGCUGUAUGGCCCCUUUCUUAUAGUCGUCCCUUUAUCCACCCUCACCUCAUGGCAGAGGGAGUUUGAAAUCUGGGCACCAGAGAUUAACGUAGUGGUUUACAUAGGUGACCUGAUGAGCAGAAAUACGAUACGGGAGUAUGAAUGGAUUCAUUCUCAAACCAAAAGGCUGAAGUUUAAUGCACUUAUAACAACAUAUGAGAUCCUCUUAAAAGAUAAGACUGUGCUGGGCAGUAUUAACUGGGCCUUUCUGGGAGUGGAUGAAGCCCAUCGGUUGAAGAAUGAUGACUCUUUGUUGUAUAAAACUCUGAUUGAUUUCAAGUCCAACCAUAGGCUCCUGAUUACGGGGACCCCUCUUCAGAAUUCCCUCAAAGAGCUCUGGUCUUUGCUGCACUUUAUUAUGCCGGAGAAGUUUGAGUUUUGGGAAGAUUUUGAAGAAGACCAUGGCAAAGGGAGAGAGAAUGGCUACCAGAGUCUUCAUAAGGUGCUAGAGCCUUUCCUUCUCCGGAGAGUCAAAAAAGAUGUGGAGAAAUCCCUUCCUGCCAAAGUGGAACAGAUUCUCAGGGUAGAGAUGUCGGCCCUUCAGAAACAGUAUUACAAAUGGAUUCUGACCAGGAAUUACAAGGCUCUUGCCAAAGGAACGAGAGGCAGCACAUCUGGUUUCCUUAAUAUUGUGAUGGAACUGAAAAAAUGCUGCAACCACUGCUAUCUGAUUAAACCCCCUGAAGAAAAUGAAAGGGAAAAUGGACAGGAGAUUCUUCUGUCCCUGAUCAGGAGCAGUGGGAAGCUGAUUCUGUUAGACAAACUGUUGACAAGACUUCGAGAAAGGGGGAACAGAGUCCUUAUCUUCUCUCAGAUGGUGAGAAUGUUGGAUAUUCUGGCCGAGUACCUGACUAUUAAACACUAUCCUUUCCAGCGUCUGGAUGGCUCCAUCAAGGGAGAAAUCCGAAAACAGGCACUGGACCACUUCAAUGCAGAUGGGUCUGAGGACUUCUGUUUCCUGCUUUCGACAAGGGCUGGUGGCCUAGGAAUCAAUUUGGCUUCAGCGGACACAGUCGUCAUCUUUGACUCUGACUGGAACCCCCAGAACGACUUGCAGGCACAAGCCCGAGCCCAUAGAAUUGGUCAGAAGAAGCAGGUAAAUAUUUACCGCUUAGUUACAAAGGGGACUGUGGAGGAGGAGAUCAUCGAACGGGCCAAAAAGAAGAUGGUAUUGGACCAUCUGGUGAUUCAACGCAUGGAUACCACUGGCCGGACGGUCCUGGAAAAUAACUCGGGAAGGUCCAACUCAAAUCCUUUUAAUAAAGAAGAGCUGACAGCUAUUUUGAAAUUUGGAGCAGAGGAUCUCUUCAAAGAACUUGAAGGGGAGGAGUCAGAACCUCAGGAAAUGGAUAUAGAUGAAAUUUUGCGCUUGGCUGAAACCAGAGAGAAUGAAGUGUCAACAAGUGCAACAGAUGAGCUUCUGUCACAGUUUAAGGUUGCCAACUUUGCAACAAUGGAAGAUGAAGAAGAGCUAGAAGAGCGUCCUCACAAGGACUGGGAUGAGAUCAUUCCAGAGGAGCAAAGGAAAAAGGUAGAGGAGGAAGAGCGGCAGAAGGAGCUAGAAGAAAUUUAUAUGCUGCCUCGAAUUCGGAGUUCCACUAAAAAGGCUCAGACAAAUGACAGUGACUCUGAUACUGAGUCUAAGAGGCAGGCCCAGAGAUCCUCUGCUUCUGAGAGUGAGACAGAUGACUCUGAUGAUGACAAGAAGCCAAAGCGCAGAGGGCGCCCCAGAAGCGUGCGGAAGGACCUCGUGGAGGGAUUUACUGACGCGGAGAUCCGAAGGUUCAUCAAGGCUUAUAAGAAGUUUGGUCUCCCUCUUGAACGGCUGGAGUGCAUAGCACGUGAUGCUGAGCUGGUAGAUAAGUCUGUGGCAGAUCUGAAACGCCUGGGUGAACUGAUUCACAACAGCUGUGUGUCAGCAAUGCAGGAAUAUGAAGAACAGCUGAAAGAAAAUGCCAGCGAGGGGAAAGGACCAGGGAAAAGGAGAGGUCCAACAAUCAAGAUAUCUGGAGUUCAGGUUAAUGUGAAAUCUAUUAUCCAGCAUGAAGAAGAGUUUGAGAUGCUGCAUAAAUCUAUCCCUGUGGACCCAGAAGAAAAAAAAAAAUAUUGCUUAACCUGUCGUGUCAAAGCUGCACAUUUUGAUGUAGAGUGGGGAGUGGAGGAUGAUUCUCGCCUGUUGCUGGGAAUUUAUGAACAUGGCUAUGGAAACUGGGAGUUAAUUAAAACCGAUCCAGAGCUUAAAUUAACUGACAAAAUUCUGCCCGUGGAGACAGAUAAAAAGCCCCAGGGGAAGCAGCUGCAGACCCGAGCGGACUACUUGCUGAAGCUGCUCAGGAAGGGUCUGGAGAAGAAGGGGACUGUAACAGGUGGGGAAGAGGCCAAAUUAAAGAAGCGGAAGCCUCGAGUAAAGAAGGAAAACAAAGCGCCCAGGCUGAAAGAUGAGCAUGGAAUUGAGUUUUCAUCUCCUAGACAUUCAGAUAAUCCAUCAGAAGAGGGAGAAGUAAAGGAUGAUGGCUUAGAAAAAAGUCCUAUGAAGAAAAAACAAAAGAAGAAAGAGAACAAGGAGAACAAGGAGAAACAAAUGAGUUCUAGGAAAGACAAAGAAGGGGACAAGGAAAGGAAGAAGUCAAAAGAUAAGAAAGAGAAGCCUAAAGGUGGUGAUGCCAAAUCUUCGAGUAAAUCAAAGCGAUCUCAGGGUCCUGUCCAUAUUACAGCAGGAAGUGAACCUGUCCCUAUUGGAGAAGAUGAGGAUGAUGAUCUGGACCAGGAGACAUUCAGCAUAUGUAAGGAGAGGAUGAGGCCCGUGAAAAAGGCACUGAAACAGCUGGACAAACCUGACAAGGGACUAAAUGUGCAAGAACAGCUGGAACACACCCGAAACUGCCUGCUGAAAAUUGGAGACCGGAUAGCCGAGUGCCUUAAAGCCUAUUCAGACCAGGAGCACAUCAAACUGUGGAGGAGGAACCUGUGGAUUUUUGUUUCCAAGUUUACAGAAUUUGAUGCUCGAAAACUACAUAAGUUAUACAAGAUGGCUCAUAAGAAAAGAUCUCAAGAAGAGGAGGAGCAAAAGAAGAAAGAUGACAUGAUCGGUGGUAAGAAACCAUUUCGACCAGAGGCCUCAGGCUCAAGCCGGGAUUCUCUGAUAUCUCAGUCCCAUACCUCACACAACCUCCACCCUCAGAAGCCUCAUUUGCCUGCCUCCCAUGGCCCACAGAUGCAUGGACACCCAAGAGAUAACUACAGUCACCCCAAUAAGAGACACUUCAGUAAUGCAGAUCGAGGAGACUGGCAGAGGGAAAGAAAGUUCAACUAUGGUAGUGGCAACAACAAUCCGCCGUGGGGCAGUGACAGGCACCAUCAGUAUGAGCAGCACUGGUACAAGGACCACCAUUAUGGGGACCGGCGACACAUGGAUGCCCAUCGUUCUGGAAGUUAUCGACCCAACAACCUGUCCAGAAAGAGACCUUAUGACCAGUAUAGCAGUGACCGAGACCACCGGGGACACAGAGAUUACUAUGACAGGCACCAUCAUGACUCCAAGCGGAGGAGAUCUGAUGAAUUUAGGCCUCAAAAUUACCACCAGCAGGAUUUCCGAAGAAUGUCUGAUCACCGCCCCCCUAUGGGCUACCAUGGGCAGGGACCCUCAGACCAUUACCGUUCUUUCCACACAGACAAAUUGGGGGAAUAUAAGCAGCCCCUGCCCCCACUGCACCCUGCAGUCUCAGACCCUCGCUCACCCCCUUCUCAGAAAUCUCCUCACGAUUCCAAGUCACCCCUGGAUCAUAGGUCUCCUUUGGAGAGAUCACUAGAACAGAAAAACAACCCAGAUUAUAACUGGAAUGUUCGGAAAACAUAAAGGACAGCUCAGAAAGGGGAGAGCAAGAGUCAUCAAACACGUGGAUAUUUUUGGUCUGAUCCAACAGUAGCCAGUUAUCUAGACCAGUAAGUGGAGUUUGUGGACAUGCCACUGCUGUCAACUCACUGGCUGAAGGAGCACUUAAAGGAGCGGAAGGCCUUUACCGGGUCCAGCUUUGAUUUGGGUCACCACUCCUGCACUUUGUCGCCCCAUCCUAUUCCAGCCUAGUUCUGGCCUCCCACUUUGAUGAGCCACUAGGAGGAAAGAAAGAUGACUUUUUGUGCACCAGCUUCACUGGGCUGUGUUUCUCCAGUGAAGGAAUAGAGGCUCUUUAGAGUCACGAAUGUUUUAUUGCCAGGGCCAAUGUUCCUCGGACCUCGGUGCGGUGGUCAGGGGAAGGAAUUGGUGCCCGAAGGCUGCCGGGACCUGGUGGUAGAGUGUGUAACCUGGUUCACUCUGACAUGGCGGAUGCUGCUGACGGGGAGUGGGGAUAAGUGGGUGGGGUCUCACAUCAGAGGACUUGAAGUGGGGCAGGUACACCCCUUAAAUGUGUUUUUGGGAGAAAUCAUACACUCAGCCUCAUUAUGUGAAACCUACAGGUGGGCUUUGGGGUGGGGGAAAAGAAAGGGAAACAACGUUCACAGCGGCUUCUUCCCUACCAACACUAAUUUUCCCACACUGUCUGUACAUUUCAAAGGUUUGGUCUCCCAAGUGGGCCUCCUUUUCCCCCUGUGCCAGGGAAAGUAGGGUCCCUCUGGCUGACUUUGGAGUACUGUGAGUUAGGCAGCGUUGAUGCUAGCACGGGUCUUACUUGAUUGGGGGGGUGGGCUGAGUGCGGGACAGGGCGGGAUAGGGUGGGGAUGGGGGGUGAUGUGCCAGGGAACUGGGAUCCCUGGUGGAUUUCUGGUUCCCCUGGUGAGAGGGAAACGAGGUCCUGGGGAGGCGAGGCAGGGGCAGGCCUGCUGAGCAGCUUGUUGCCUGCACACAGAGAUGGGGGUGCCAGCGAAGGGGGUGAGCAGGUGUUCUAGUGUGGGGUUUGCUAGUGCCAGCAACUGGAGGGAGCUUUCAGUAUUGGAGUAGGUCAGCAUGUCCUGCUGCAUUUUAGUUCCCUUUGCACAGCUUGGAGAAGUAGGUUACACAGAAUCACACAUCUCCUGACGUUCAUGUGGUAGGCAGAGGAAAAUAAGUUACCUGUGGUGAACAAGUUUCUGCUGCUAGUUGGAGAUCAGUAGAAUUGAACUCAGUUUCUUUUAGAAUAAGAUCAAUUAUAAAUCUAAGUUAAAUUUUUUCCAAAAUAGGAAGUAUUCAAGGACACAAUGACUGAGCUGUAGACAGUAAGAGCCAUACUAGAGUUGUUGAGUCAGGACUAGGAAGCAAGUUGGUUGCAUCAAUUAAGCAGGCUUUUUUCAAUUUACUGAUGCAGGGGCCUACAGUUUUAUCCAUUUUCAGUAUAGCUUACCAGUAUUGUUAGAGUAUCCAGAGGCCUUUCAGGAUGGAGACAUUAACUGACUUGAACAUACAGUGUGCCUGUGUCCAAGCUCAGAGCUGGUGAAAACCCUCGUAUUGGGCACGCACAGGGUUCAACUGCCUGAACUAGUGAGCACUUCAUAAAACCAUUAUCACGACUCGCUGGUGUCCUGGGCAGUGCUGUAAUGCCUUUACCAAGACAUGCCGAGCUGUGUCCCCCGAGUGAAGCAAAUGUGGCUGUGGUGGGCCAUUGCCUUUUGCUGCACAGAGCAUCGUGCAGCUGGCCUGUGCUGAGCCAGAUGAGAGUCUGGGUCCUCAAAGCCUGUGUUGGGGAGCUCAGUGGCCCCACCACUUUCGUAUUUAACUCCUUGUGGUACUGGGGGCUGUACACCCUGGACUUGUACCAUGCAUGCCUGGGACAAAGCCCCAGUGACUGUGUGGGGCCACCUGGCCAUAGUCCUCCCAUGGAGGGCCAGCUGCUGCUCAGUGGAGAAGGCAGGGAAUCGUGUUUCCACUUUGGCCACACGUUGAUGAGGAACCCACAGAUGGAGCUUCUUGCUGACAAUAUUGACACUAUCCUGUGUUUGUCUUGCCCAAGCCGGAGAGGAAGGCUAGGUUGGCUUGCCAAGCCCUUGAGUGAUGGAAGGUGGGGGUGGGAGGGGUUGAGGCCCUGCAGGCAGUUUGAGUGCGUCCUCUAGGAGUGAGAGGGGGGCGGAGCCGUCACUGGAGGCCCUGCAGUUUCCAUACUCAUCGGGCUUCUCCCAGGUUGUUGAUCGGAGAUGUGAAUUAUUCCCAAAGAUGUCUCAUCAUGAGGAAAAAGGAAUUUCCUUUUGUUCACAUUCAGGACUUCUAGUGCCAUAUGCAGUAGCAAAAGGCAAUAUUAGCCAGAUCAGUGUUACAUUGAUUCUAAAAUUACAGUAUCCCUGGUAAUCAUCUGUUUUAGGUGUGAAAUAGGUUUGAAGAGUACCUUGGGAAAAAGAAGGCAUUUACUCUUUGAUUUAAAUCAGUAUGAAUAUUGUAUGCUUAAAUCAAAAACAAAUUUGCACAGGUAGAAAUUCUCUCACUUGUAGAUGGGAGAAGCUGCCCCAGGAAUCUGAGGAUGGUAUUCCAUCGAGCCUGGCUUUGAAAGGUUUCAUCGUUGGUAGAAAGAGCAGGGGUUGAGGAAGAAGGGAAUUAGCAUCACCUAAAAUGUGCACAUGAACAAGGAUUGACAGGAUACUCUGGCCCUAGGAAAGGACAAGGUGAAAUCCCAGGCUCGUCACUGCGGUCUGUCAGCGUCAGGCUAGCAUGGACAGGCAGGUGCCCCUCGGAGCCCUCGCCAGCUCUCCUUCAGUCAUUCCUUACGCCCCUCGAAGGGAAACCCAAGCACUUCUCACGCCGUGCUGCAGAUAUCCGAGCCUGAUGUGUCUGAAGGUUGCAUCAGGCCUCGCAGUGCAAACGCAAUUCAUUUGUGAAUUCACACGAUGACACUGAAAUCCUACAGACCAAAAUCCACUUGUCAGCAGGAGCGGUGGCCCGGGCUCAGUGCCAGCAGUCUUCGGGCUCCUCUGAGGGCUGCCACGCUGGGCGAGGGGGGGCCAUGCCAAGGGUCCAGGCUGCUUUAGUCCAUCUGUGCCCCACUCGUUUGGGGACAGAUGGUUUUUCUUUAUUGUAAAAUUGUGGACUUUUAAAACCUGUUGACUAAACAGUAAUUAAUUUAUAUUUGUGAAAAAUGCCACUGUCCUAGUGAUUUCUGAUGUAAAUAAUGUUGUUUAUAUAGUAUGUAUUAAAUUUUCCUACAUUGUAAAACUGCUGUACUUUUGAUUCUUGUAUAUUAAAAAGUGUUACUGAGGAUUUUUA